AAGGAGCUCACAGUUGAACGGCAGCGACCCAGCCGAGGGUGAUAUCUACUGGAUGUUCCUGACUCGACAAACGCGACCGGAUCUGAGGCUCACUGUGGGGGAAAAGCCACUCUGAAGCGAAUGAAGAAACAAUUAAUCUUUCACUUCACAUACAGAGGACUUCUAACGAGAGGAAAAAAGAGUAAAAGAAGAAAAUGGAGUAUAAAUUACGAAAAGCUGAACCCAAAGACGUGCCGGAUAUAUUACGACUGGUGAAGGAACUUGCAAAAUACGAGGAGAUGGAGCAUCAGGUGACACUGACUGAAAAAGACCUCCUUGAAGAUGGAUUUGGUGAAACUCAGUUUUACCACUGCAUCAUCACUGAAGUCCAAGGAGAGGACAGCAGUGACGGCCUGAAGGUGGUGGGAUUCGCCAUGUACUACUUCACGUAUGACCCCUGGGUCGGAAAACAGCUCUACCUAGAGGAAUUCUACGUGAUGCAGGAGUACAGAGGGCUCGGCAUCGGUUCGGGGCUCCUGAGGCACCUCAGUAAUCUGGCAAUGAAGACACGCUGCACAGGCAUGAUGUUUGUGGUCGCGGAGAACAACGAGCCGUCUGUUCAGUUCUAUAAGCGACGCGGCGCUGAGGAUCUCUCUCAGGAGGAGGGCUGGAGGCUCUUCAGGUUCGACAAGAACAGCCUCGUCAAGAUGGCCACUCCGGCAGAGGAGUAAUGGAGGCCCGGUGAAGAACAGAGGAGGAGGGACCACAAGAGUCGGAGCAGGGAGUUGAACCUCUUUGUCUGAUUCUUCUCCCAGUUCAGAUAAGAAGUUCAGCUUUUUAAAAAGGGCAAUUUUUCAUUAUAUAAUAUAUAAGUUCACAACCUAAGAAUGCUUUCAUAUAUUAAUGAUAUGUUGCUUAGAAACACUUAAUUUUUUUGUGAAUUUAAAUGUAUUAAUCAGUUUAUUAUAGUGCUAUAGAAGUGAAGCAAAAGUUUUAUGUGACUUAAGUGUGCAGUAAUAAAACUACUUAUCACACAA